AUGAAGACAGAUAAUACAUUUAAUAACCUUGCUUAUGAUGGAAUUAUUUACAUGCCAGGUACAAAUAAAACAUAUUCUAAUUAUUAACCACCAGAUGAUUGCCCUUAUAAAGGUACUUAUAAUUUUGAUCCAAGAUGCAGAUAUUAUUAUCAGCCAACUGUAGGAAAUAUAUCAACUGUUGUCUUUCCUCCUAAUAUGAACCUCGGAACAACUGGUACUUAUUAUGCAAGUAUGUUUUGCUAGAGAAGAGUUAAUUUAGGUUCAUAAAAAUAAAAUGACAUUUUCUCAGUUCUAUGUAUAACACUAAAUCUACAAGCCUUACCUGCUUACUUUUAAAACUUUGGUAAUAACUCUAUAUAUUAGAUGCUAGUUGAUCCCUCAAGCUUGACAGUAGUUUACAAUUCAUAAGCAUAACUUUAAUAAUAAGUUACUGUGAUGCAAACUGAAACUGACUACCUUUAAGAUUAAUCUCAAGCAAAUAUAUUUAUAUAAAAUUUAACUUAAAACUCAAACUAUAUCAUAUUAAAUACUAGCUCUUAUCAACAAACGUAUUCAUUAGAUAACAGCCAACAAACAUUUGAAUAUAACAGAAAUGGUACUGAUUGUCUUGUAAUACUUAAUGUAAUCUCAAUGAUUGAUAAAGUACCAAAAAUAGAAAGAAAUAGACUUAAUAAUCCAGCUCCUAAGUUCUAAUUGAAGAAAGUUUACCUAUUUUUGGAUGUACUGACAAAAGAAAAUUUACAAAUUUAUGCCACAAAUCUAUAAAAUACUAUUUAUUUUUAUAAUAAAAUUUUUGCUUACACAAGUUACGGAUUAAUUUCUAUAAUUUUAAUAAUUCAAAUUUACUAAACGAUAGUUUUGGGGAAAUACAUAUUAAAUCCCAUAAUCCAUCUGACAUAAAUACUGAGCAAGAUAAGAAUACAAAAUUUAAAUCAAACUCAAACUACAAAUUUCGACUAAAAAGAAAAAAUGGCAGAAAAAUUAUAAACUAGGUAUGUAAGCUGCAACAAAACUACUUUCAAUGAAAUUAAAACCGAUUAAGUCAAUCAAAUCCUCAUAGAUGAGUAAAUUGAUGCAGAUUUUGAAGGAUUGUGUCAUUCUAGAGAUACACAAGAUCUUUUGAAUAGCUUUCAAGAUAUGUUUAAGGUACUAAGGUUUACAACUUAAAAUUUUUACAAAGAAGAUGCCAGCUUAUAGCUUUUGAAUCUAAUAAAAUAAAUUCAACACUUCUAACAAUUUGGUAAUCAUAGAGCACUUGGAGUUUGUUAUAACAAUAUGGGAGUAAUUCACUAUAAUUGUGGUAGAUUUCAGGAAGCUUCAGAAAAUUUUCAGUAAGCUAUUAUUUAUGCUAGUUACGAAUUAAAUACCUAUUCUCAUCACCACCAAGGAGAAACAGUUGAACUUAGUCAAAACCUGAAGAGAUUGACAGCUCAUUUAAGAAGUUCAAUAUAAAAUAAUUUAAAUCUAGAAUUUACUGAAGAUAUAAGCAACCUUAAUAUUUCUAUUCAUCAAGAAAAAUAAAGAUAGACAAAAUAGUAUAGUCAAUUGUAGAGUCAUCAAGUUGAGCUUUACUGGAGUCUAUUUAAUAGAAAAACAAAUUUAAUCAAAGCUAUGUAUAUGUUUAUUUAAAAUAAUAGCAAUAAAUUAUGGGAUAUAAUCGAAGAUUAUGCAUAUGAGAAUACAAUAAUCAGCUAAAUAUAUUUACCUCCUUCAAAUAAAAGAGAAAUGAUUAAUUAUUACUUUUUAUCUAAUGUGUUACAAAAAUAAAAUUUGGAUAAUGAAGCUAUUUAAGUGUUAAAUAGACUUAAUUAUUUUUAUGUAAAAAUAUAAGAAAGCAAAUAGGUAAAAUAGUUUCAAGAAAACUAAAAAUAAGUUGAUUUAAAUUUUUCCUAAAUUAUUAACAGUUAAUAAAAAAGAGAAUUGUAUUCAGAUAAUUUCAUAGAUUAAAGCAAAAAUAUGUAAAUCAGUAAUAUCAAUCAACCCAACGAUAUUAUGAGUUUCAAUAAUGAUACAAAUAACUCUUUUAUCUUAUAUUCUCCAAUCAAUAUAAAGAAAUCAAGGAGAAAAAAAAUAAAUAUUCAAGAUAAAAUAAAAGAUAAAGUUUAGAAUUUAUUUAACACUCAAAAUAACAAUUUUCUAAAUAAAUUAUAAACAAAUUUUCAAAAAAUUGACAAAAAUCAUAGUCAAGAAUAAGAAUUAAACUAAUAUAAUUAGAAAAUACAUUAAUUAUAAUUAAGAAAUUCUAUUUUUGCUUCUAAAAAAAGCAAAGGAAUCUACAACAAUUAGAUGAAAUCUGAUUCAAAUAACAUAUUUUUAUAAGGAUAUGAUUCUUUUAGUCAUAAUAUUUCAGAAGCAAAUAAUAAAACGAAUUUUAAUAGAAUUUUAUUUUUUUAGGAGGAAAAUGAGAAAAAUUAUGAUAAAAUCACCAAUCACAUCUCAUAAUAACCUCAAAAUAAAUAUCUAGCUGAUUAAUAAAUUUAAAAUGGAUUCCAUAAUAUUCAUUAGAAAUAAAGAUUUUCAAUCUUUAAAAGUACUUUACCACAUCAAGAAGUAUCAAAAUCACCAAAUUAAAAAUCAGACAAAUAAACAAAGUUUACCCAAAAAAAGAAGGAAAAAGCAAAUAAAGCUAAUAUGUUGGAAAGUAAUAAAUUUAUUUUCUACCCAGUGAGAAAACAUAAAAAUAACGAUAAAGUAAUAAAAUAUGAAUAUAGUUCAGAUAUCUACUUUCAAUUUUGCUCAAUUGAGCAUGCUUCCUAUUUAAUUAAACAAAAAAAAUUUUAUAAUGCAGCUAUAAUUCUAACUAGCUCUUUUGAGACGUGUUAAUAUUAUUUACCGAAUUUAAGAAAAUUACAAAUGGAUAUGCUUUUCAAUAUAUUCUAAAAAUAAAACAUAAACAGCAAAAGUUUUGAAAUAGCAAAUAAAAAAUAUGCUAAAAUGACAUCAUUUAUUUUCAACAUCUACGUUAUUUCAGCAUGCUAUAAGUAAUGCAACAAAGUAAAAUUAUAUGCAAUUUGUAAUGAUUUAGUAAAUGAAAUCCUCUUUAAAGAAAAUGAUAGUUUUGGAUUGAUUUAAUACAGUUUCGAAGAACAAAUAUUCAUGCAAUUAAUUGCCUCAACUUAUACAAAACUUAUAUAAUAAACUCCAUCAUUUUUUGAGUAGAUUUUACUUUCUUUGCUGCCAAAAAAAUAAGUCGAUUGCACAUAAAAUUUAAAAAACGAUAAAAUUUAGCUUUAACAAAAAAAUACUCUUGUUAAUCCUUAAUCUACUAGUAAUUUACCAUCACCAAACUAAAUUAGUAUUUUUUAAGAUAUAAAUUUGCAACCCAUUUAAAAUUUAAAUAUGAACCUAAAAACAGGUUCUAUAUUUAAAUCAAAUAAUUGCCACUCUAAUAAAAAGGCAUAAAAUUAAAAACUUGACUAAGAAUCAUUUAAUACCAGAGAAUGUAUCAGCUCAUACCAUCAGAAAUAGAAUCUAAAUUAUGCUACGAAUGAAUUUUUUGAAUAAAUAGAAUUAAGCUAAGUUUCCUCAUAAACAUCUUUAGACACUAUUCCUAAUUAAAUUGAAAUCUACCAAACUAAAGAAAAUAUUUAAAAACACAAUCUUACAAAAAUGUUAAAUUAAUAAUGUUUCUAAAUCUUUAGUAAUUUGAACAAUGCUUUAACAAUAAAGAGUAAUUCUAAGAAAUAAUCCCCAUAAUUUUAAAGUAUUAAUUCAAAUAUAUCAUUAAAAGUAGAUAAAAUGCAAUAAAUAUAUAAUAAAAUGGAAGAUCGUUAUAAAGAAGAUUCUAUCAAAAUAAAGAAUUUUUCUAAAAAAACAGAUUAAAAUAAAUCAGAUUAGCUAAAAUCUUACGACAAUUAAUUUGUUGACUAGAAAGCAAGCUAAGACAGAAGAAUAAAUGAAAGGAAAAAAUAACAAUGUAAAUCCAGUGAAUUAAUAUUUCAUUUAGGACUGCACGCAUGUUUAAAAUAGUUUAUAUUAAAUUCUGAUGAAAAGCUAAGUAUUCAUCUAACUUAAAAUCGCCAUAAACACUAAAACAAUAAAAAAUAUGAACCAUAAUAAAAUAAAUAAACUUACAUGAUUUAUAUUACAGACUAAUAUUUCCAAAUUACGCAAUCAAAUAUAAUGCAAGAAUUGAUUUAGCUACUAAAUAGCAUAGGCUCUGAAUUGUUAAUAUUAGUUCUUAAUGAUGUUUAAUAGUUUGAUGAGAGUAGUGAUUUAGACAAUGUAUCUAUUGAUGGCAAAUAAGUUAUAAGCUUUUUCAACACAGAAGAAAAAAUGCUGUAAUACAUUUAUAAUAACAGAGAGCAUCUAAAAAACUACCUGAUGCCAAUGGUUAUUGAACAUUUUUGA